AGGUACUUCAAUGCUGUUCAGUCUGAGGCUUUUCCUGUGGCCUUCGAUACGGAUGUGAACAUGGUGAUAGCUGCGCCAACCGGUUCUGGUAAAACAGUGAUACUGGAGCUGGCCCUUCUUCGUCUGCUGUCGACAUGCAUCAAUGAUAAGGGCCAGUUCAGCUACAGCAGAGGAUCAUUGAGAGCGGUUUACCUCGCUCCUAGCAAGGCCUUGGUUCAGGAGAAAGCAAGGGCAUGGCAACAGAGUUUUGGAGCACACCUGAACCUGGCCAUUGUCGAACUGACAGGAGACACAGACAAUGUGGACUUCAGCACCCUAAGUUCUGCCGACGUCAUCUGCACCACACCUGAAAAGCUUGGCAAGCUCUCACAUUCAAUCACAAGGCGCAAAGUUGACCAGGGAGGCGCUCGUUUCUUGGGAGAGGUGGCACUGCUGCUCAUCGAUGAGGUGCACCUCCUCAAUGAGAAUCGCGGAGCUGUACUGGAGGCCGGUGUAGUCAGCCGAAUCAAGAUGAUCAGCAGUCUCCGCGCCAUGAGUGAGCUGCCAAUCUCUGGAAUUCGCUACAUUGCCAUCUCUGCAACGAUCCAGAACACAGGUGAUGUGGCAGAGUGGCUCAAGGUACCACCUCAGGGCUUGCUGGUGUUUGGGGAGGAGACGCGGCCAGUCAAGCUUCUUACCAUUGUCAAGGGCUAUGCACAGGGGAAAACUGACUUCCUCUUUGAGAAGCAGCUGAAUGAGUACCUGAGAGGAAUCAUCACCGAGCACAGUAAGGGAAAGCCAACCCUGAUCUUCUGCAGUUCAAGGAAGGGGACCGAAGAGACAGCAAUGCAUAUUCUGGCCAAGUCCAGAAAUGGGCUGCAUGGAGGGUACAUCCACAACGAUGCCCAAAGGGGCCAGCUCCAUGCUGCAGCAGAUCGGGUAAUUGACAAGCAGCUGCAGCAGGCAUUGCGCGGAGGGAUCGGGUUCCAUCAUGGGAAUCUUGAGCCGCAAGACAGGGCCACAGUCGAAAAUCUCUUCCUCCAUCGAGCCAUCAUGGUCCUGUGCACAACAUCAACAUUGGCGCAAGGGGUGAACUUGCCUGCGCACUUGGUGGUGCUCAAGGGCACCAGGCGCUGGAGCAGAGAGAAGGGAGAGGUUGCUGGCAACAAGGAGUACGAUCGCAGCACUGUCCUCCAGAUGAUUGGCCGCGCAGGCCGGCCUCAAUUUGACACCGAGGGAGUGGCUGUCAUUAUGACACAGAAGGAGAUGGUGCCCCAGUACCAGAAUUUGCUCUCUGGCACGGAAAUCUUGGAGUCACAGCUCAGGGACACUUUCCCAGAGUACCUGAAUGCUGAAAUUGUCCUCAGAAACGUGACGGACGUUGCAGGCGCAGUCAGCUGGCUGAAGAGCACCUUUCUCUACGUCCGGGCUAAACGGAAUCCCAGCUCUUAUGGCUUGCCACAGCAUGCACACUCCCAAGAGGCAUUUGAAAAGGUCAUGCAAGAGAAGUUCAUAUUCCAGUUCACCAGGAGGCUAGCCAUGCAUGGACUGGUAGAAGCUCGGGAAGCUGAGGACAAAGGCAUGUCAAUGAGCCCUCUCGAGCCUGGGACGCUCAUGGCACAAAUGUACAUCAGGUUGCCGACUAUGGUCAGUCUGCUGGAGGUCCCGAGCCAUGCAUCCAUGCCAACGCUAAUUUCUGUCUUGAGCCACGCCGAGGAGUUCUCUGGGAUCUGCCUGCGGAGAGGCGAGAAGAAAUCCCUCAACAGCAUCAACAAGAACGAGGCUGCCAUGCGCUUUUUCAUUCCAGAGGCCUCCAAGCCCUCCAAGCCAAAAGAGCGCAUCAAAUCAGCUGCAGAGAAGAUCUUCGUCCUGGUGAAUGAAGCUCUCACUGACCACCCCACAGAGAACUUGGAUUACAGCAUGAAGCAGGAGAUUGACCAGAUCGUCAAGGUUGGGGCGCGCAUCACCGCAUGCAUGGCAAAGCUCUUCCGGCACAAGAGGGCUCUGGCUGCCACGGCGAAUGCAUGCCUGCUGCAGAAGUGCCUGAAACAGAGGAUGUGGGACAACAGCAGCCAGCAGUGCAGGCAGCUCCCUGGAAUCGGCAAACUUCUGAGCGAGAGGCUAGUGGCUGCAGGCCUCGGAAAACUGAGGGACCUUGAGGCUGCUGACCCAAGGCUGAUCGAAAAUCUCACUCAGCGAAAGUACCCCUUUGGUGCGCACAAUUGUUUGAUGUUGUGUUGCCAGAAUGGAACAUCCUGA